GCUGCGGCCGCGGCCACUGCCCCCCCCGCAGGAAAUGGGCCUUCCCGGGCGGGGACGACGGGCCCGAUCCGGCGCGGGCUGCAGCGCCAUGGCCGGGGCUCCGCGGCUCGUGCUGCUGCUGAGCGGCAAAAGGAAGUCGGGCAAGGACUUCGUGGCGGAGCAGCUGCGGAGCCGGUACCGGCCGGGCGGACGUGGGCACGGGGGAGUGGAGCCGGUACCGGCCCGGCCUGGGGGGAUCUACAGCCCGCACCGCUCUGGGACGGGGCUGGACGUGGCCAUGGGCACAGCCCUGCCCUGCCCUGCCCUGCCCCACCCGUGUCCGCAGGUGGUGAGCGACACGCGGCGCCUGUCGGACGUGGCCUGGUUCCGGGCGGCCUACGGCCCGGCCGUCCGCACCGUGCGGGUGCAGGCGUCGGAGGCGGCGAGGACGAGCAGGGGCUGGGCCUUCGUAGCGGGGGUGGACGACGCGGAGUCCGAGUGCGGCCUGGACCAGGGCCUGGCCUUUGACUGGACCCUGCACAACGACGGCGACGCCGCAGCCCUGGAGCGCCAGUUGGGGGCCGUGCUGGGGGCCGUCCAGGACCAGCUCUAGCGGCGCCGGGCCGGGGCUCUUCCCUGCCGUGAAGCUGGAGCCGCUGAGGCAGGCCCAGGAAGCCCGAGGCUGGGCCGUACAGCAGGGCUGCGGGCCUCCUUGGUGCUGGCUUUGGCCCGUGACGGGUAUCCUGGAGGGAGCUGGUCCCUGC